AUGAACCACCAGACGCUCGUAAACCGAGUAAAAAUUGGCGAUUGUACGUUUUCAAAGGGAAAAAGCAAUUGGAUGUAUUACAUCAUACAUGUACACCGCCAAUCGGCGUAUCUGUUCGGACGUGAUCGACUUGUAGUUGACAUACCCAUCGAUCACCCAUCAAGCUCAAAACAGCAUGCCGUUCUACAAUUCCGACUAGUGCAGACCCGCAAUGAGUUUGGAGAUACAAAGAGUUUAGUAAAACCGUUCAUCAUCGACCUUGAGUCAGCCAAUGCGACGUUGGUUAAUGGCGAGAAGAUUCCACAAGCCAGAUAUUUCGGACUGGGAUCGGGUGACGUGAUCGAAUUUGGGCGCAGCACCCGUGAAUACGUCCUCAGUCCUGAGACCUAG